AUGGAUUUCCUCAAGUCGGCCGUGGCCUCCGCCAUGGCUAAAGGACCGCCCUUUCCCUACAGCUUUGGCGACAAGGUCGACGUCGACGAGUCCAUCUGGACCUUGUACAAUGGCACCAAGAGGGCAAACGGUUCCAACUGCAGCAUCUUUUCCUUCGAUAUCACGGCCCACAGAGGUCUCCUGCCCCUCGCCCGAAACGCGCUUCGAAAGCUGCGUACCAUCCGUCACCCUGGUGUCAUCAAAGUCCUUGACACAGUAGAGACGGAAACAUACAUCUACAUCGCCACCGAGCGAGUGGUACCCUUGCGAUGGCAUGUUCGACGCAAAUCACUGAGUCCCGAAACCAUAAAAUGGGGACUACACGGCAUUGCGCGGACUCUGAAAUUCAUCAACUCGGACGCUUCCUCUAUCCAUGGCUGUGUCAAGGUCGGGUCGGUGUAUACCUCGGAAAGUGGCGAAUGGAAACUAGCUGGCUUCGAAAUUCUUAGCAGCGUCAAAGAGGACGAAUCGACGAUAUAUACAUACGGAAGCCUUACACCCGACUCUGCCCGCUAUUCACCCCCAGAAGUUGUGCAAGGUGGAUGGGAUGUCAUCAAGAAGCACCCUCACUCCGCUGUCGACGCAUUCAACUAUGGCGUCCUGAUAUACGAGGUUUUCAAUGGCGAUUACAACGGCCGAGACAACGUUGGACAAACACGCGGCGUUCCUCCCACGAUGCACUCUAGUUACAAGCGACUAUGUAACGCGAACGCGAAAGCUCGGAUAUCCAUAUCCGCAUUCCUCGAUCAAGGAAGCCGUCGCGAUGCCUUUUUCGAUACACCCCUCAUUAAACUCACCGAAGGGAUUGAUAAUCUAGGUAUUAAAACGGAAGAAGAACGCGAGAAAUUCUUGGACGACUUGGAGCAGGUAUCGGAUGACUUUCCAGAGGACUUCUUCAUCAUGAAGGUCCUCCCGGAACUAAUGAAGUCUGUGGAAUUCGGCGGUGGUGGGCCCAAGGCCAUUGGUGUCGUGCUCAAGAUUGCCUCAAAACUGUCGCAGGACGACUUUGAGAGCAGGAUGACCCCCUUUAUUAUCCGGAUAUUUGGCAACCCCGACCGCGCUAUCCGAGUUUGUCUGCUAGACAGCUUACCUCUCAUCAUCGACCAACUGCCGCAAAAAGUCGUCAAUGACAAAAUAUUUCCCCAAAUUGUCACUGGCUUCACAGACGCAGCACCUAUUGUGCGAGAGCAAACGCUCAAGUCAGUCUUGGUGUUGAUCACAAAACUCUCGGAUCGCACAAUUAAUGGAGAGUUGCUCAAACACCUUGCCAAGACUGCCAACGACGAACAGCCUGGAAUUCGUACCAACACAACGAUUUGUCUCGGCAAAAUCGCAAAGCAUCUAGGGACGGGGUCAAGAUCCAAGGUCCUAAUUGCGGCUUUUACGCGCUCAAUGCGAGACCCAUUCGUUCAUGCGCGCAACGCCGCCUUGAUGGCGCUGGCAGCGACAUCCGAGUAUUUUACCGAGGAAGACUGUGCAACGCGCAUCCUUCCUGCGCUGUGCCCGUUGCUUAUUGAUAAGGAAAAGCUCGUGCGUGACCAGGCAACUCGCGCGAUGGACUCAUACAUUGCCAAGAUCAAAAAGGCUGCAUCCACUAUGCCGGACUCAGCGCUGCCACCGCCGCAGUCUGGAGACGCUCAGGCUGCUCGCAUGGGAACUCCUCAGCCGAGCGCUGGGUCCCAAGGCUGGACCGGCUGGGCCAUCUCGUCCUUCACCAACAAGAUGUCGACCGCAGCCGGUGAUAUGCAAACUACCAACGGGUCAGCAUCCGCAGCUAGGACCCCAUCUUCUCCAGCCCCGGACGCCCGCAAGCCGACUUCAUCAGCAUCCACGCUGCACAGACAGGCGCUCGCGUCACCGCCUGCAUCCACCGCAGCGCCGUCUCCCACGCCUAGUGCCGUGGCAGAAGAAUUCUACGGUGAUGGCGCCGAUGACGACGACGUCGGUGGUUGGGGCGACAUGGGAGACAUGGACGAGGAUGGUGGCUGGGGUGAGCCUGCUGGCCAUUCAUCUACGAAACCAGCGCCGGCUGCUGCUACGGCAUCAACGACGCCUUUUGACGACGGCGAGCCCGACUUUGCGGGCUGGCUCGCGGCGCAAUCACAAAAGAAGUCGGGCGCAAAAGCGCUUCCUAAGGGGCUGUCAAAGGCGGGCGGCACGGCGGCGAAGAAGGCGCCUGUAAAGGCGGCGGCGGCGAGUAAGGCCAAGCCUGUAGUGGCCAAGAAGAUUGAUCUUGCGCCAAAAGCGGAUGACGAUGAUGACGGCUGGGGAGACGGUUGGUAG